AUGCCCCCCUCCAUCGCAGACAUCGCACAGCGCUCAGUCGCACUCACCUCCGUCGCCCUCUGUGUCCUCGGCGUCGGCCUCACAGCGCAUGGUAUUGGAUACAGAGCACUCAGAGCACGAGGCUAUGUGGGAGGUCCUGACGAACCAAAGGCUAUCGAUCCACCAUCCGGCUCCCCUUCAGCACCUCCAUCAUAA